AUCAGUGAAGAGAAGGAGGGGAAAAAAACGCCUCAGACUGAUUUUUUUUCUAACUCUCUCUCUUUUUCGGACAUGGUAUGUUUUGACUGUGAGAAUGACGUGGACGUGUUGAAUAUGCAACAGUGCAAGGCGACUAAACUAAUUAGUAAUUUACUGAGCGGGCUCCUGGGCUAGCGCUCCCAGGCAGCUCCCGUCCAUCGGCACGACGCGCCUACAUGAGUUCAGUUCUUGAAGAGAAGCUCUUUGAAGAGAAGUGAGCUUCUCUCGGACCGAGGCGGCGCUUUCCAACCGGGCUGGAUCCGAGAGCUGCAGCCUCGAAGCGAGGAGGGGGAACGGUAGGGGGCCGAGCAGAGCCAGUGAAAGUAGAAAAGUUCAGUGAGGAGUUUGCGGCGAACGCGUUUAAGCACGCCAAGAGGAACAAGAAGAGAGGAGCUUGUCGGUUUCACCGCUCCAGUGAUUGACUCGCUUCGAGUUAGCAGGCGAGCUAACGAAAUAGCGUCUGUCGACAUGAAGACCCCGGGGGAUUCGGGGUUUGCCUUCCCAGAAUGGGCCUACAAGCCUGAAUCAAGCCCAGGCUCCAGACAGAUCCAGCUCUGGCACUUCAUUCUGGAGCUGCUGAGGAAAGAGGAGUACCACGAUGUCAUUGCCUGGCAGGGCGACUAUGGCGAGUUUGUGAUCAAGGAUCCAGAUGAGGUGGCACGACUGUGGGGAGUCCGCAAGUGCAAACCGCAGAUGAACUAUGACAAGCUCAGCCGAGCACUCAGAUACUACUACAACAAAAGGAUUCUGCACAAGACCAAAGGGAAGAGAUUCACCUAUAAGUUUAACUUCAACAAGCUGGUGCUGGUCAACUAUCCAUUCAUAGACAUGGGAUCUGCAGGCUCAGGAGUUCCCCAGAGUGCUCCUCCUGUCCCCUCAGGAGUGGGCACCCAUUUCCGUUUUCCUCCAUCCACACCAUCAGAUGUGCUUUCCCCCAGCGAGGAGCUGCGUAGUCCAGGUGUCUUUAGUGCUGUGGCCCGCCGAAUGGCACGUGGCUCUGUCUCAGACUGCAGUGAUGGGACUUCUACCAACUCUGAGCUGGAGGAAGCUGGUGUGGCUGCAGGCGAUGACCGCCCAGCUGACCGUGUGUUCAGGAAUCUCCUCCACCCUCGUCUCUCCCAUGAUUCCCUCUUUCGUGUCUAUGGUGCCCCUCCCAAUCCACCGGGGCUGUCACGCGGAGGCCCUCAUGCACCCCCUCACAGGGUGCACCCCGAGCCCCUCUCCCCUUUCCCGGUGUCCCCUCUCCCUGGUCCUGGAGGUCUACUGGCCCCGCCUCUCUCCCCAGCCCUCUCCAUGACCCCUACCUCGCACCUUCCCUACACCCCUUCCCCAUCCCUAUCUCCUAUGCUGGGCUCCCACUUCUCCUUCAAUCCAGAGGACAUGAAGCGCUACCUGCAGGCUCACACCCAGAGCGUCUACAACUACCACCUGAGCCCACGCGCAUUUCUGCACUACCCCAACAUAGUCAUCCCUCAGCCACAGCGCCCGGACAAGGGUCUUGGAGGCUCAGCAGCAGCAGGUCCACACCCCCCGACCCAUCCCCUACACCACCACCAGUCUGAGGAGCCUCACCUCUCACCCUUCAAAUUCAAGCUACAACCACCACCACUUGGCCGCAAACAAAGAGAAGGCCUCCCGGCUUCUGGGGCAGGACACACCCCUUCGAUCACCACUUCGGGACUAGGUUCCUCGUCCAGCCAGUGUUCUAACUCUGCAUCGUCUGGACUAGUGAACAGCUCAGGAGGGCCACCAAAAAUAAAGGUUGAGCCCAUCUCAGACGUAGAAUCUGAGGAAGAGGUGGAAGUCACCGAUAUUAGUGAGGAAGAUGAUAAUUGUGAUGUUUUUGCCCCACCCCACUCCAAUGGAGGCCCUGCUCCUCUGCCCUGUAAUGACGGCAUUGUGGACGACGACGAUCUUGAGGAAGAUGUCUUCAAGACCCCAGCUGCCCCGACUUCUGGUGCUGGCCCUGGCCUUGGCCUGGCGUUGCUGGGCCUCAAAGCUGAGCCCAGAGAGCUGGGCCUGGGCCAGGGUCCUCCUAGCAGUCCCGGGGGAACACGCUGCAUCCCUCUGAAGCUUCGCUUCAAACGACGCUGGAGCGAGGACCAACGCAUGGAAGCUGAAGCCGAGGAAGCUGAGGACAAGAAGAGCCGUGCUGAGAAGGAGGAGCCUGUCCAAGAGGCAGAGCCUAAAAGGGUGGAAGAGAACAGAGAUGGAAAGAGCCCUGUAAGUUUGGCUGCGCCCCUGGGCACGGGCCAGAGGAGAGUGAGCUCUGAGCUGCAGAGAGCGACGGCGCAACUGUCUUUAGAGAAUAAUGGCUGCUGAGAAGAUAUAAAUGCGUGCUCUCCGUCGUAGAAAGAUGCUCCCACAAGCCUCUGUUUAGUUCAUGUUGACUUGGAUACGAACUAAAGUGCAUUGAGAACUAUUGGCUGAAAACAGAACAAUUCUACACGGUCACUCAUAUCAGCUUUCCUAGCAUGAAUGUCUGAAGUAUCAUGUGCUCAGUCGAACAUGACAGAAACACAGCUUCUCUGACUUUAAGGUGUUGAGACACUAAGAAUAGCUUAUACUGACCCCUCCUGCCACCAUUACAAAAUCCUCCUCACACACCCUUCUGUUCACAUUACCGAUGCAACUCACUGGCUUGACCAUUCAUAGACACAGAUGUGUACCAUAAAAUGGAUGUCUUUACUCCUCUGCACCUCUGUCAUCAGAGACCCUAUCAUUUGGGACAUGGGGACACUCGCAAUGCCUUCUCGAAAUGGAUUAAAGAUAAAAUAGAAGUGCCUGAACUAGAAGUCAUUGCACUUGUUUACAGUACUGAGCGCAAUGAGUGAAGGAGGGGUGGGCACUCUCCAAACAAAUUGAGAAAUGUCUUUUCUCACCCUGUUGACCUUUUCUCCUGUGUUCAUGGCAUCUGGAGUUACAGUGGGUGAGACUUCAUUAGAAGUUAGACGCUCUGGGAAGUCAGAGGGUGAUGGCCCACUUUCACCGAUGUGAACUUGUAAAAUGGUCGUCUCCGGUCAGCAUGCAGUUCUUAACCAAGACUCAGGUCCUCCUGGAGACCUUUGCCGAACAGUCUCGCCUUUUGUUGAACAAGAUUACCUUUGCUCCCAAAACAGGACCUACACGUACAGUCACUGCCUUCUGAUCUGUUGAUGCUAACAUGCUAACCGCUAAGCACUGCCUUUUAAUGCCCUUUGGGUCCAACAAGGGGUCCCAAUCCUAUUUGGUCAGAUCAGCCUGUUAAAGGGACCACUAGACCUUUUAACCCACAUGUACAUACAUCCCUGAAGCAAAAGAGAUUUGUGGUCUGUGUGUUUCUCACUUCAUUUAAGAUGGACAUGAACCCUUGCUGCAACAAAGUAUGGAUCACAUAUGAUGACUGCUUCUUCUCCCAUCUCUCGUGUUUGUGAGCAGUUCUAAUGCUGAAAGAAAUAAUAGUGCACCGUAAAAGAAGUUGCUCUUGAACCUGAGGAUGAUAGUGAUGAAUGAAAGGUUUUAGCAAAUGCUUUUUGAAGCUCUUGGCUACCUUGUAGGGGAAAUAAGAGAGAAACAAAAAUAGAAAAAAAACAACAAAAGGAGGAUUUGAGAGCAAAAAUCUCAGGCAUACUUCACUAUGACCUAACCUCGACUAUAUAGGUUCACUUAGAAUAUAGUCUGUAUUUCAGAAAGCCUUUUAAAGAACACAAAGUGAGACUGUGCCUUUUUGUACACCAUAUAGGAGACUUACUGCCCUAAGCUUUUGAGUACUCUCCCGUGGUCAAACGCACCCACAGAAGCCUUAGAAACAUGACCUCAAACACUGCUGUUAUGCCUUUGUUUUAUAUUUUUUUUAGCAUAGAGGGAAAUAUCCUAAAUUAGAUAAACUAUAAAGCCCACAUGUUCUCUAUGUAUUGCAAAUAUUAGUUAUAUAUUUGAUACAGAUGAUCUAUAUUCAAAACUCUGGUUUUGAUAAGAUUUUUAUUUUUCAAAAAAUAAGAAUAUAUGGAGAAUAUACAUAAGGUGACCUCAAGAUAUUUAGUUACUGGGAUCCUACAGUGCUUUACUUAGAAUGAAGUGUUAUUGGAGAAAAGGCAACAUGACUGUAAAUGAUCAAUCCAUCAGAGCUGAAUCUUGUUUUUACGUCCUCUUACACACUCACCUGUGUUCACACGUAUGCCUAUUCUUUUUUGGUCUCUGUGGAGAGCUCCAGAUUGAGCUUUCUCCCAGGGAGUGAAGGAGGGGAAAAAAUUGGAUGAAGGCAAUUGACAUGAUUCUUUUUGGUUUGGAACUCCAGCUCAGUGCUUAUGUCCGUCUCUAGUGCUGUCUCAACAUAACUUGGUCAUGGACUGUUUUCAGAGCAUCCACCCGUCUUCAGAGGAAAUGGCGCAGGACCAUUCCAGCCAUGGCCUUAGUUUAGACCUUCGUUCACAGGCUUGGUGUAAAUAUUUUUCAGAAAGUUGAUGGGAAUUUGAGCUAGCAAACAUAUUUGACAUAAUUGAUCAUUUAAUCGAACUGCCUGUAGUCACCGAGAGGCAAGUUGCAACAAUUUCUACAAUACAGUCCGAGUCGAGUCAAAUUUUUUCUGACCCCCACCCCCCCCACUGCAGCCCUGCAUAUCUCGCACUCAACUGUCCGCACCAAAAAGUGUUCAUUAUGCUGAGUACAUACUGUGAGUAAUCAGCAAGAACAAGCUUUGCCCACAGCCUUAGUGCCCCCCACUUUCUUUCACCUUCCUCUUAUUUUCUCCUUGUUGGAUUCCGUUCUUCAGUACAGCCUUAAACCAGCUCAGUGUCUGUACUCAACCUGACAACUGCCUUACUCGUACUUGUAAACAAUACCAUAUAUACAUAUAUUUUUUUUCCUCUCUUCAGUAUAAACAUUGCUGUUUUUAUUAUGCUUAUUCUUGUUAAUAUUACCAUUUAUUUUUAACAGUGAUUUACUGUUUUUUGUACCCCUUUCCUGAAGAUUAGCUUCACCAGAUUUAAAACCUUUUAAUGGCAUAUUCCAGUCUUUUUGUUCCUUUAAACUACAUAACGGCAAAUACCGUUCUCUGGCAUUGUAUCUAUGCUGGUUUUAUUUGUAAUUAUAUGGAAAAAAGAAAACAGGUAAAGGGGAAGGGGUAACAUUAUCUUAUCACAUUAUUUUUACCUUAAUGUUUUUUUUUUCUUUUUCUUUUGUGUACAUAUAUUUUUCCAUUUUUGGGGACUAUGUAAGAAAAAGACAUUGUAUUUCUUUGUGUAUAAGGUCUCUUCCUUUUCUAUCCAUUUAUCACUCUCUUUAAUACACAUGCGCACACACACACACACUCACACACUUUCUCAGCGGUUAUGUAACACUCUAAAGAGAUGAGACUUGACAUCAAGAGGAAACGUGUAUACUCUAGUUUUUCUUUUUUUUCCCCUCUUGUAAUUAAAACUGUAAUCAGGGUUCAUUAAAAACCGGUAAAUGUGGAUCAAA